AGGUUUCUUGCCGAAUAUUAAGUUUGAAGUAUGUUUAGUUCCGUUUCCAGAGAGAUUUCAACAGCUGGUUCUCUUCUCUUUCCGUGGCGAACUCGAAUUCCCCACCAAAAGCGCGAAGAACAAACCCUUAGCGAUACACAAUACAACGAUCAAGAUGAAGAUCAUGGUCGCCAUUAAGCGAGUCGUCGAUUACGCCGUUAAAAUCCGAGUGAAAGCGGACAGAACGGGCGUUGAGACCCAGAACGUGAAAAUGUCGAUGAACCCCUUUUGCGAGAUUGCAAUCGAGGAAGCCCUGCGUAUCAAGGAAGCUGGCUUGGCGUCUGAGGUCGUGGCGGUCAGUAUGGGUCCGGCUCAGUGCGUCGAUACUCUCAGGACGGGCCUCGCGAUGGGUGCUGAUAGGGGCAUUCAUGUGGAAGCCACUGCACCCCUUUAUCCUCUCUCUGUUGCUAAGCUUCUCAAAGCCCUUAUUGAGGUUGAGAAGCCUGGGCUUCUUUUACUAGGCAAACAGGCUAUUGAUGAUGAUUGUAAUCAAACGGGGCAGAUGGUUGCAGGUCUUCUGAACUGGCCUCAAGGGACUUUUGCUUCGAAGGUUGUGAUAGACAAGGAGAAGCAGGCAGUGACAGUGGACAGAGAAGUAGAUGGUGGUCUUGAGACUCUCUGUUUGGACUUACCCGCCGUAAUCACAACUGAUUUGAGGCUGAAUCAACCAAGGUAUGCUACGCUCCCAAACAUAAUGAAAGCGAAAUCGAAACCGAUAAAGAAGUUCACUCCACAGGAAUUAAAUGUGGACGUGAAGCCAGAUUUAGAGGUCGUUGAAGUUACGGAACCUCCGAAAAGAAAAGCGGGUGUCGUAUUGUCGUCUGUUGAUGAACUGAUUGACAAGCUCAAAAAUGAAGCUCAUGUCAUUUGAUCAUUCCCUUUUUCUAUCCGUUCUAUGUUCAAGAUGCAAAUAAAUACAUUCAGGUUGAAUAACAAGGUUUCUGUUUCCCUCAUCCA